ACUUUUUUACUGUCCAAUUCUCACACCUACAUACGCAGUCAAGCGGACAACAACUUAUAAACACAACCUCAAUUUUUACGAAGGUUUUUUUUGUACAAAUUUAUUUUUAAAAAAAUGGUGGUGGCGAAAAUCAUAUUCGUUGCGAAUUUAAUCGUACUAAUCGCAUUUUUUGGUACGAUGCCAGUUUUCAUUAAGAUACAGGGUGCAUUUAAUUACUAUUUUGAUUAUACGGCUGCCUUGCUGGAGAAUGAGUCGGGACAAGUUUACGACUUUAUUGUGGUCGGUUCUGGUUCCGCUGGUGCAGUUUUGGCGAACCGAUUAUCCAAGAAUAACAAAGUCCUCGUCUUAGAAGCCGGUGGAGACCCGCUCUUCUACAAUUACAUCCCCAUGCUGUCUAACGCCAUGUUUGGUCGACCGGAAGUGGACUGGUUGUAUAAAACAGAGCCGCAAAAAUUCUCCGGAAAAUCUUUCGUUAAUCAGCAAUUUCCCUGGCCACGUGGUAAACUCGUGGGUGGCUCGAGCAACCUAAAUUACCAAGUUUAUAUGCGUGGAAAUCCAAACUGUUAUGAUAACUGGGCCAACAGUACGGGUGACCCGACCUGGAAAUAUGACAAUGUUUUACCCUACUUCAAAAAAUCGUUGGAUUACCAUGGCCAAUUUGCAGAAAAUAAGGAGCACUACGGUGAAUCAGCGUAUGGAUUUUUGCACGUGGAAAAGCGGAAGUGGGUGCCACCCUUGCAUCAAACUUUUCUCGAUGCAGGCAAAGAGCUUGGCUAUGACGAAGUGGAUGUCAAUGGACCACAAAGAGUGGGAUUUGGUCCGAUUGAAGUCACGCAAAAAAAUGGGGAAAGAUUUGGCACGUUUUCUGCAUUUAUUAAGAAUAAUUUAAGGGGCAAGUUUAACCUGGUAAUUUCCCGAUAUUCCCAUGCAACAAAGCUAAAACUUGACAAAUCCGGUCGUGCCGUGGGAGUCUGGUAUGAUCGACACGGAGUCAGAAAAUUCGCUUCUGCAAGUAAAGAAAUUAUCGUCAGUGGUGGCGCUAUUGGAUCCCCACAGCUUUUAAUGCUUUCUGGAAUCGGGCCCAAGAAACAUUUGGAAUCGAUCGGGAUAAAAGUCAAGGUGGACCUACCAGUCGGUCAAAAUCUGAGAGAUCACCCGACCGUCAUGGUCACCCCAAUUUCCAUCGACAAAGAAUUGUCCUUUAUUCCAGAACGGGAUUUAGGGGCAGGAACUUUAACCGAUUACUUUACUAAAGGAUACGGACCCCUCACGAUGCCACUCCUUGUCCACUCGGUCGGCUACAUGGCCACCCGCUACGCUACCAAGGAGUGGCCCGAUCUCCAAAUUUUCCUCUCCAGUGUCGGCAUCUACGAAAAUAUCGAGGCCGACUUCGCCAACGAGUUGGGAUAUGAUGAAGCCACCCUCAAAAAAUAUUUCGGCCCCGUCAAACAUCCCGGAGGGAGGGAUGGCAUGAUCCUAUUUCCUGUUCUAAAUCGACCAAAAAGCGUUGGCCAGAUAACCUUGAGGGACAAGAACCCUUACACCCAUCCAGUCAUGGACCCUCGCUACUUGGAACAUCCGCAAGACGUAGGGUCACUCAUAGAAGGGAUCAAGUUUUGCCUGAAGCUGGCAGAGAAUACGACCGCAUUUCAAAGCGUUGGUGCCAAAUUUUUGGACGUUCAACUACCCGGUUGUGAAGGUCACGUGUACCGAAGUGACGCCUACUUUGAGUGUUAUCUUCGUCAUUUUGCAAUGCACGUCUGGCAUCCGGUCGGCACUUGUAAGAUGGGACGAGGCAGGAGCGAUCGAACCGCCGUGGUGGAUUCGAAACUCAGGGUCCUUGGCGUGCCAGGAUUGCGAGUCGCGGAUGCUUCAAUCAUGCCAGAAAUCGUGAACGGAAAUACAAACGCUCCCGCCAUCAUGAUCGGGGAAAAGGGGGCAGAUUUUAUCCGAGAAUAUUGGACUGCUCAGUAUCAAGUUUGCGACGCCUGGGGACAUGCCGUUCACUUGGACAAAUUCAAGUCCUACUACUCUAAAUUCGCUUAAGGUUGAUAGAAACGGAAACAAUUCAAAGUUUAGUCAUACCAGUUAAAUAUGUAAAUAUGUAUUUCGUCAUUCAAAAUUCAGUUAAUUUCAAAAUUAGAAACAAAUAUUCUUUCACUUAGAGAAUUGUUUAUUGAUCUGUUCAUUCAUUCUAUGCUCACCAAUUCACAGAGAAUGAAUGAAUAUGAACAAGUACAUAUGUAUGUGUAUUUGGGUCAAGAACGUAGAAACUUCUAAUUCAUUCUGAAUUACAUCCUUGUUUUUUAGUUGUACAUAUUUAGUUUAGUUAUCCAGAUUUCUUUCUUUUCACUAGGCAAUAUAUUCAGAAAUGUUACGUAACAUAAUCUUAAUUUUCCUUCAAACUCCUCGCAAAGUUCAAGCAUCUUUGCGUGCCAUUAUUAUUCAACUGGUCACAAAUAAGAAAACGACAUAUUGAGUGACUGAUCCAGGAAAGAUAGUUCGUGAAUAAGAAUACAAGUUUUAUCAAGUGUGCCUUAAAGGAACAGGGUAUAUGUAAAAAUAAUGAACAUGUAAUGAAUAAUGAAAAAAUAAUGAAUAUGUAAAAAUUCGCCAACUUCUGUACAAUUAACUGAACAGUUUUACAUAUGUCGGGCUAUAUAUUGUACAAAAAGUCACAAAUGUACAUAUGCAGCUUUAAUGCGUCAUCUUGAAACGAAUAAUGUAUUACUCAAUGUCAGAGCUAAAAUUCCAAACUUAACUGUAUACGAAUGAACCUUAAGUAAAGCCGAAUAAACACAUACAAAUACUUACGGAAAUAUUGUAA